CGAAAAAUUUACCAGCGUUACAAUAGCCUUCCAGCAUCCCAACAACAGGCCCAGCCAAUGUCUGUAAAAUGCGGUGGAAACAUCUACCGCAACUUAUGGCGAGCAGUUUUAUUAGAAAGAGUCGGCCCGCGAUCUCGACGGCUUGAGCCAUCUCACUCCAGUUUUUUACAAGAUCUAUACCUUGUUAACAUGCGAUUUUCACCACGACGACAUUUCCUAUCAACGGCUGCUGCUCCUAUAAAGACAUCAAGCACAUUAGCACACCGUUCAUCAUCACCGACGAAAAGAACAUUUGACCAGAAAACAGGAAGCAAGGCUGACAUAGAAUCUAGAAUGGAUCAACUGGGAUCUUGGCUGCACAAGCUCACCCUAUCGGAUGCAACACCAGCUGAUAUCCAGGGCAUAACCCAUCUAUUGCAACAUUCUGAAGCGCAUGCACUUUUGAAAACAUUAUCUCCAGGCAAUAUCACCACACUUUAUCGAUUGCUUUCUAAGUUUAGUUGCCUGGACUUAUUGAAUCAGAUACGCACCGCUUUGAAUGACAUUGGCGUGGACCCAACAAUGGCCGAUUUCCAAGUAUGGCUGGUGGCAUAUACCAAAUCCAAUUUACUCAAGGAGGCUCAGGAACUAAUAUCUGAUGCGCAGAGGCAUGGGUUUCAACUGUCGUGGAGUCCCGCAUUGAUGGAUUGCAUCGAAAGCGGUGACUUGCAGAGUGCACAUCAGACCAUCCAGAUAUUAGCGGACAUCCCCACUAUUCAGGUUGACGCAUCUGCGUACAAGAACUUAAUACAAGCAUACUUGAGGAAUGAUAAGAGAAAACACAGCGGGUCCCUUGGGUAUGCUAUACGCACUUUUCAAUUGAUGGUGCAAAGCAACACCGAAGCCGAUGGAGAGACAUAUUCAGCAUUUGUCGAGGCUUAUAUUGAGGAUUCAUUGGCGCACUGGAAGGACGAAGAGCAUAAAACUCGGAUAUCUACCAUUGAUCGUUUAUAUGAAGCCAUUCUUGCCCAACCCAAUUUCGAGCCACCUUCAUCGGUAUGGACAUCUCUGAUACGCGUAUACACUCAAAACGACUCGCUUGCCAAAGCCGAACAAGUCUAUUAUGACUUUAAGAAGACUGAAAAGAUCGCUGAAGAUGUGAUGGAUACAACCGAAAACCUGAUCGUUGCAUUGACUCGACAACAAUGGAUGGUGUCAGCCAAUUCGCUGUUUUAUGACCUGAUGGCGGAUGGACACCUUUUUCACCACAAGACCUUGUCAGCCAUGGUGUAUGGAUAUGGCAGGAAAAAUGAUUUGGAAGCGGCAGAAGAGCUUAUUCAUACCUCUCGAGACCAAUGGGCAAAAUCCAGUUUACAACCCUAUGCAGCACUCAUACGAGAAUACAUGCGAUUGAAUGAUAUCCCAGCAGCUCGUCGGAUUUUUGACACCAUUGCAGAUAAAAUCCCGCAAUCUCAUCCCAGCCUUCAAGUUUAUGUAUAUAAUUUGCUACUUACCGGUUACGCUAAUAUUGGAAACAUUAAGCAAUGUGAAAGUCUUUGGCGACAUAUGAAGCACCAUGAUAUUAUCAGCUUCAACGUCAUGCUUGAGGCUUACUCGGAGACUGGUGAAUGGGAUGGCUUUAUCCGAACCGUCGACAAGAUGCACCAGGAUCACAUCGAGCCCGAUAGCCGGACCAAAAGCAUUCUUAUAUUUGGCCAAAUUCGACAAGGGCAUUUGGAUCGCGCUCAAGAUAUGGUCAAGGCAUAUGCGUCUGCUGAAACAUUUCAGUCCAAAUCAUCUAACCUAAUAGGCGCGGUUAACUCACUGUUACAACUACAAAGCUUGAAAGGUGAUAAGGAGGCAUGUGAACAGCUGUUCCAGUAUCUUGUAAAGUACGAUCGGGUCAACGCCAACUCAUACCAGUCCCUUUUGUUCUGUCUCGGGAAGAUUGGAGCAACUAACGAAUUAAAAAUGGUUUACGACAAAACUCGUCAACAGGAUAUACAGUUGGAACCGGCAAUUGAUAGACUCAUUAGAAAAUGGUUAUAAUAAAGCAUAAUACCCCUGUCAGUCCCACUCUCAAAG